AGAAAAUGGGGCGUUAGUUUUCUUUUUGAUCGUUUCCUACCACCGCACCUCCCAGUUCCGAGCCAUGCAACAGGAAGGCGAAUGUACCAAGUUGUGCGCCAACGGCUGUGGGUUCUUCGGCAACGCUGCGAGCGGUGGCAUGUGCUCUGUGUGCUGGAAGAAGACGCUGUCGAACCGCCAAAUCGAAACGGAAUCAUAUACCUCUGCUGUGUCUGUUGCUACAGCGUCGCCACCUGUCGUUGACGCUGUCGCUGCCCCCGUGAUCACACCGCCUGCCGAAGUCGCAGUCGAGACCGUUGCAGUUCAAAAGAACAAGGGGCGCUGCUGGGAGUGCAAGAAAAAGGUCGGUCUCACUGGAAUUGAGUGCCGGUGCGGCUUUGUGUACUGCGGCUCGCACCGAUUUGCCGACCAACACAACUGCGCGUAUGACUUCAAGGCAGCUGAUCGCGCUGAGUUGGCUAAGCGCAACCCCGGCGGCGGCGCCUUCGACAAGGUUGACAAGCUGUAAGCAAGUGUACCCUCUCACUUGCCGCCGCCACGUCCGAAGCCACUCUGGAGUCGGAUUAUUCCAGAGGCACUUGUGUCGCGGCAAGUCUGCGGCAUACAAUGGCUCGUCUUAUGGACACAACACGAAGGUAGCUUGUUUUAGGCUGGUGUAGGUUAGGUUUCUCUAUAACUUCGAAGUACUUGAUCAUUCGGAUACAA